AAUUCAACGCCGAGGAACUAUGAUCAUCUGCAGCAAGGACUCCUAAAAAUCUCAUGCACCCAUAUAAAUACCAAACACAGCCUCCGUGAACCAGUCCCGGUUCCUAAAUCUAACCACCGGCCAUUUUUUUCCUAAGAGGGAAAGAGAAAGGCAAAAGCUUUCCCCUUGGAAGCAAAAACCCUCCCCUCAUUCGUACCCAAAAUGGAAAAUUUACAGUCGCAUAGGGCUGAAAUGAUAGGCAUAGCUGUGGCUCUUGUUGCCAUUGGUGCUAGCACUGCUUUUUAUUUCUACAUCACCAAGAAACCUAAAGGCUGCUUGGACCCUGAAAAUUUUAAGGAAUUUAAACUUGUUAAGAGAACCGAACUCAGUCAUAAUGUGGCUAAGUUUAAAUUUGCUCUUCCCAAGCCGAAUUCAGUAUUGGGACUGCCAAUUGGACAACAUAUGAGUUGCAGAGGAAAGGAUAGUGCUGGUGAAGAAGUUAUCAAGCCGUAUACUCCAACAACUUUGGAUUCUGAUCUUGGGUGCUUUGAACUAGUUAUAAAGAUGUAUCCACAAGGUAGAAUGUCCCACCACUUCCGUGAAAUGCGUGAAGGUGAUUACUUGGCUGUUAAGGGGCCUAAGGGGCGCUUCAAGUAUCAACCUAACCAAGUCAGAGCUUUUGGAAUGAUUGCUGGAGGCACUGGAAUCACUCCCAUGUUCCAAGUUACUAGAGCCAUAUUAGAAAACCCAAAUGACAAAACCAACAUACAUCUUAUUUAUGCCAAUGUCACAUAUGAGGACAUUCUUUUGAAGGAAGAGAUUGAUAAUCUUGCAACCACUUUUCCUAACCGAUUUAAGGUCUACUAUGUUUUGAAUCAGCCACCAGAAGGAUGGGAGGGUGGCAUUGGAUUCAUAUCCAAGGAAAUGAUUCAGUCACACUGCCCCCCACCAGCUGCAGAUGUUCAGAUAUUGAGGUGUGGACCUCCACCAAUGAACAAGGCCAUGGCAUCUAACCUAAAUGAUCUUGGAUAUGCUGCCCAAAUGCAGUUCCAAUUUUGAGCCUGUAAUGAGGCUUCUUUCACUUUUCCCAUUGUCUAAAAUGAUAUCCCCAUUCUCAUCUAGCCUCAUGAUCUUGUCUUUCAACACAAAACACUUCUCUACGAGAUGAUUGAUCAAGAGAUGAUAUUUGCAAUAAUUUGGAUUUUCCACUUGGUUUGCUUUUUCGGGACAUUCUAACUCCUGUAGCUCAAUGAGAUUUGCUUUGAGCAAAUCAUCUAGCAUUCUAGAUAUGUUUGAGUCGGGGAAUGAAUAGUUUUUUGCUUGUCGCUCUUUCAAGGAUGACUUCUUUCGUUCA